AUGCACUCACUCUACUUCACCGUCCUCACCCUGUCCUCCACCUCGGCCGUCCUCGCCGCCGUCCCCGUCUACGGCCAAUGCGGCGGUAAUGGGUUCACUGGCGACAAAGCCUGCGCCUCGGGCACCCAGUGCAAGGAAAUGAACCCAUGGUACUCGCAGUGCCUCCCAGGCGCCGGCAGCGCAGCGCCCGCUCCCAGCAGCGCCGCCCCGGUCGCCAGCUCUGCCGUAGCCGCCGCGCCCACCACGCUGCUCACGCGCAGCGCCAUCGUCGUGAAGCCGAGCACCGCGUCCUCCGUUGCGGCAGCCACACCCACCAAGGGCAACGUCGCCGGCAGCGGGGCGAACGGCGCCAAGUGCUCCAUCAACGAGGCGUUCAAGGCCAAGGGCAAGAAGUACAUCGGCGUUGCUGCGGACCAGGGCACGCUAAGCAAUGCGCAGAAUGCGCAGGUCAUCAAGGACAACUUUGGGCAGGUGACGCCUGAGAACUCUAUGAAGUGGGAUGCCACUGAGGCGACUCAGGGCAAGUUUACGUUCUCUGGCUCGGACGCGCUUGUCAAGUUUGCGACGGACAACGCGAAGCUGGUGCGCGGGCACACCACCGUGUGGCACUCGCAGCUGCCGACGUGGGUCUCGUCCAUCACGGACAAGGCGACCCUCGAGAAGGUCAUGAUCUCGCACAUCCAGGGCGUGAUCGGCAAGUACAAGGGCAAGGUCUACGCUUGGGACGUCGUCAACGAGAUCUUCAGCGAAGACGGCAGCUUCCGCUCCUCUGUCUUCUACAAUGUCCUCGGCGAGGGCUUCGUCGCCACCGCCUUCAAGACCGCCCGCGCCGCUGACUCUGCUGCCAAGCUCUACAUCAACGACUACAACCUCGACUCCCCAACCUACGCCAAGACCAAGGCCAUGGCCGCCAACGUCAAGAAAUGGGUUGCCGCCGGUGUCCCCAUCGACGGCAUCGGCUCGCAGUCGCACUUGUCCGGUGUCUGGCCCAUCUCGGACUACCCCGCCGCGCUGAAGCUGCUCUGUGGUUCUGCAAGCGAGUGUGCGAUGACCGAGCUCGACAUCAAGGGCGCUGCCGUCAGCGAUUACAAGACUGCUGUUACGGCGUGCUUAGACAUUAAGAACUGCGUGGGUGUUACCGUGUGGGGUGUCAGCGACAAGGAUUCUUGGAUCAAGGGCAGCAACCCGCUGCUUUUCGAUGCUAACUUCCAGGCUAAGGAUGCGUACAACGGCCUUUGCAGCAUCUUGGUUUAA